UCUCCAACUUCCUCCUACCAAAAUUUUCAACAAUAGACUUCCAAACACUUGAUUACUUGUCAAUGUGUAAUAACCAAACCAUAAUCAUGCCCACUCUCUUCCUUCUUGUUUCCUUACUUUUUACAUCUUUUUCUCCAACAAAAUGUCUAGACGAAUGGCGAAUCUUACAAGAAAACAUUGGUAUUUCAGCCAUGCACAUGCAACUUCUACAUAACAAUAAGGUCAUUAUGUUUGAUAGAACUGAUUUUGGCCAGUCUAACCUCUCCUUACCCGGUGGUCGAUGUCGCCACGACCCCUCCGACACCGUCCUCCAAACCGAUUGCACCGCUCAUUCGGUGUUAUAUGACAUCGGUUCUAACUCAGUCCGCCCCUUGAUGGUCAAUACAGACACAUGGUGUUCAUCAGGUGCUGUUCUACCCGAUGGUACGCUAGUCCAAACAGGUGGAUAUAACGACGGUGAUCGCGUCCUACGUACAUUUACACCGUGUAACGACGACAAGGAUUGUGAUUGGAUUGAGCUUCCACGUUAUUUAUUAGAACGUAGAUGGUAUGCAACUAAUCAAAUACUACCCGAUGGUCGUAUCAUUAUAGUUGGUGGAAGACGAGUUUUUAAUUACGAGUUUGUCCCCAAAAUCGAUUCCGAUGAUCAUUCCGGUACUUCUACAUCGACAACAUUUUGGCUUAAUUUUCUAGUCGAAACUCGAGAUUACGAGGAAAAUAACUUGUACCCUUUUGUGCACCUACUUCCUGACGGUAAUUUGUUUAUAUUUGCCAAUACUCGCGCUAUAUUAUUAGACUAUACACAAAACAAUGUUGUUCGAGAGUUCCCACCCAUUACGGAUGGUGUUCCUCGCAAUUAUCCUAGCUCCGGCUCUUCAAUAAUAUUACCUAUCGAUGAAAAUAAGCCUGUUAAGGCGGAGAUUAUGAUAUGUGGUGGGUCCCAACAAGGUGCAUUUACCCAAGCAAUUGUAAAUAGGUCAUUUAUACAUGCUAGUCAUAAUUGUGCACGUUUAAAAGUCGAUGAGGAAAACCCGAGCUGGUUAAUGGAGGAUAUGCCACAAGCACGAGUUAUGGGGGAUAUGUUGAUACUCCCAAGUGGUGAUAUACUUAUUAUAAAUGGUGCGGAACUUGGCACUGCAGGAUGGGAAAAUGCUGCUAAUCCUGUCACGACUCCAGUGAUCUAUAAACCAUUUGAAGACAUGUAUAAGAGAUUUUACAUUAUGAGUCCAUCACCGAGGCCUAGAUUGUACCAUUCCUCGGUUGUUCUACUACCGGAUGGACGAGUUUUAGUAGGGGGAAGUAACCCACAUAUCUACUACAAUUUUACUAAUGUGGAUUAUCCUACCGAUUUAAGUUUAGAAGCGUAUUCACCACCUUAUUUAUCGACUCAGUAUGCACCCUCAAAGCCUAACAUUAUAUAUAGUGACCAAAUUCUAGGUUAUGAACAACCAUUUUCGGUCACAUUCGAUGUGCAACAAUAUCACGCCGAUGAUGUUGUGUAUGUACAUAUUAUCGCACCCUCGUUUACGACACAUUCAUUAGCUAUGAAUCAAAGGAUGGUGAUCUUAAGGUUGCUGAGGAUUUCUGAAGUUUCAUCAGGAAUGUAUAAUGUAGGAAUUUUAGGACCAUCAACGGCAAAUAUUGCACCUCCCGGGUAUUAUUUGUUAUUUGUUGUUCAUGCUGGUAUACCAAGUUCUGGCACAUGGGUUAAAGUUCAAUGAAUUUAGAA